AUGGAUUGGGAUUCAGAAGACGAAGGCAACACAUACCCAUUUUUUGGUUUACGCGAGCCUUUCUCUGGUCUUAAUGAGAUGGAUUUUGAGCUUCAUGGCAUCUACAUGGAUCAUGAACCAGACGAAGAGUUCAUUACUCCACUGGACAAGUGCAAGGAUGCAUUUCUUAAUGUGUUACUAACUGAUGAAAAUAUUAGAAACUCUAGUUUGACUAAUGAUGUAAGAGCACAAGUGUAUCAUGGUGGUGACUUACAAAGUGAUGAAGAUGAAGAAGAGCAAGAACAGAUACUUGAUUAUAGGUUAUGGGGAAUAAUUCAUAGUCAAGGGCAUGUGUUUGAGGCCAGAAGAGGGUGUGACAGUUAUAGGGUGGACUUAGAUGAUAUGACCUGUUCAUGUAGGCUGUGGGAUUUGGCCGGCAUCCCUUGUGUGCAUGCAAAUGCAGCAAUUAAUUUUAUCCAUCAAACACCAGAUGCAUACAUCAAUGCAUACUUCUCUAAAGAGAAAUUUAGGCAAUGUUACUCAACAAACAUUAAACCUGUUAAUGGCAACAAUCUUUGGGCCCAAACUGAGUACAUUAAGCCAUUGCCUCCAAUGUCUAGGAGGAUGCCUGGUAGGCCUGCUACCAAAAGAAAGAGGCAUGCGAGUGAAAAGGAGAGCAAGUUUUCAACAAUAAAAGUGAAGGUUGCAAGAACUACCAGAUGUGGUAAUUGUUUGGAAUAUGGUCAUAACAAUAGGGCAUGUAAGAAUGGGAGAAAACAAUAUGUGCCUCCCCCACUAAAGAAAACAGGAAGGCCAAGAAAACAUCCCAUCCCCCAUGUAUCUGUUGCUAACCAAUCACUAAAUGAGAGAAUGAGAGAAAACAAUACUACAACCCCUGUUGAACCAAAUGUCCCAAGUCAACCUUCAUUCUCUAACAUAGUGAGGAAGAGUCCAAGAAAACAUAACACAUUAAGGAUGAGUCCAAGAAAACAUCAGCAACAGGCAUGUUCUAAAAGAUUUAGGAAAAAUAGUAUUAAUGUACCUAGGAAGAAGUUGUGCACAAGGAGAGGUGGUGGAAGGAUUGGUUCUGCAAAAACUGGGAAUAAUACUCCAACUAUAGGUACUCAAGAGAGUGUGGUUCAACAAGUUCCAGUUGCUGAUGAGGGUGAAAAUGUGAUGCAAGAAGGUUAUAAUGAAGAAGGUGUUGUGCAGGAAGUUCUAGUAAUUCAUAUUCAGGAUGGUCAUAUGAUGCAAGAAGGAGGAACUAGUCAAACAAGUGUGAUGGAAGGUAGUGACACUUUUGGGCAAGUAGGAUCCAGUAUUGGUUGGAAGCUUAAAUCCAUAAAUGAUGAAAUUGAACAAGGUAUUGAUGCAAUUUUACAAGAAGUUAACUUCAAAAACAAAACAAAGUUCAGUCCACUAAAUGGUGACAAUGAGGUGGAAGAUAAUGAUGUUAUUGAGUUUACUGAGGGCAAAGAGGAUGAUAUUCUCCCAGAGAAAAUACAAAUAUGA